GCAGACCAGGCGAGAUGAUGUCUCCCGGGUCGUGGCGGCUGUGCGUGCUCCUGUACAACCUGCUGCUGGGGCAGGCGGUGGCCCCAAACCCCGUGGAGCCGUCAGAGGGGAGCCGGCCGUAUGCGGUGCUGCGCGGGCAGAACCUCGUGCUGUUGGGGACCAUUUUCAGCGUCCUGCUGGUGGCCAUUAUCCUCAUGGCGUUUUGCGUCUACAAGCCCAUCCGGCGCCGGUGACUGCCUUUGGGAACAGCCCACGUGGUGUUGCGCAAGGGCCAGUGGAGAAGUUGGAAUCACACCUCGCUGGUGACCUCUAGUGUGGACAGUGGUGAAUGCUAAAGGAUUUGAAGAAACCUCACCUAGUGAUGUUUGUUUGUUUUGUUUCCCCUCUCCCCCAUAACACUGCGAUGCAGAUAACGGCCUUGAGGCUGCUUCUCAGUGCUUCUUGUAAUCACUGGUGAGCCUGCAGCUAGCUCCAAGGGUCAGUGGAAGCGCCUGCACAGUACUAACCGCUAACAUGCGAUAUGGCAGCGAGAAGAGGACGAAUCGGGUGGAUGCAAUCCCUGCUUCAGAGCAGCACGGCUGCCAGUGCCUUUCCCCGCAGCCAGUAGACCUACACCGCCUGUCAGAAAGCUGCGUGAUCCCUGCAGACUCAGGCCUGCACCCCCACCUGCAGGCACCCCACCCCCGCUACAGUCAGGGUCACAUCAGGGAGGCCUGAGGGGAGCGCACCUUCAGCCUGGACAGGAGGGGUUGCUAGUUGACCCAGCAGAGGAAAAAACCCUUCUGAAACACACUGAUCUGCCUUGGCCUGCACCUAAGCCUCUGCAGCCAGCCAUGGCCUGCAGCUGGAGGCAGCUUUCUCUGCUUGGGCACCUAAGGCGCUCACUGGCAUUUCUGGGCCCAAAGUGGCGGGGAGGGCUCAGCUCCCAGAAGUGCACGUCCCCUGUGCAGGCUGGCAUUGUGUUUACACAACUUUGAAAAUGCUGCUAUUAGUUUGCACUGUUGGUUAACUGGAUAUUUUUUUUUUCCUUCCCCUUAUUAUUUUCAUGCCUGUCAAGUGGUUGUCAGUAUUUAUUUUAAGAGUGCUAGGUUUAAAUUUCUUUGCUACUAAAGCGAGUUGUCCAUCUUGUGCUCCAUGUAAGCACGGCACACUGAUUUAUUUAACAACCCGCACUUAAUGUGAAAUAAUUCAUGUGCUAUACUGUGUUUGACUUCAGGAUCUUGUUUGUAAGCUAAUGCCACUGAGCCAUUGAAAUGUUGUGCUCUGUGCUUGUGAGCAAAUUGUCAAUUAAGAUGAAACCUUACAAUAAAAAAAGAAAAUGAAACC